AGAAUAAAUUGUUAUGUACUUAGUUAUCUAAAGGUCAGUAGUGUUUAGAUAGCAGUGUCGUUCGAUCGUGUUGUGCGCGUGCGCAGGUCUAACCAGUUUUAAAAUGGAAUGGUGUACAACUUGUAAUGGGAAAUAUAGAAUAGAGUCGCUCUCCGUGAAAACGUUCGCCGGUGCAUUAAAUGUUAUAACAGAAUCAUUUUGUCAAGACGAAUACGUGUCUAUUGGAUGUGGUAUAAACAAAAACCCAAAGGCAGCUGAGGAAUUGUUAGAACUAUGCGCAGACGCAGCGUUGGAUGGAGUUUCUUUAGUGGCAGUUGAUACAGACACAGAUCAAGUUGUUGCUGUUGCUUUUAAUAAAAUACAGGUUCAAACAUCAAGUGCAUCGGAGAAAGCAUUCUUUGAGAUAUUUGCUGAGGAGCGCUGCGAGGAGGAGGCGGCGCGUUCACUUAUACAGUUUAUGGCGAACGUCGAUGGCAGGUGUAACUUGUUUGAAAAAUAUGGCGUCGAUUGCAGCUACGAAAUAAUGUUUCUAGCUACACUCCGUGAACAUAGACACAAAGGGCUUGCAAUGGACCUCUGCAAAGCUUCAAUAGAAGUAGCAAAGCAAGUCAAAGACGGUCCAAUAGCACCUCUUACAGUUGCAGAGCUGGGACCUAAAUAUUCAAUGCUACAGCCCCGACAACCUAUCACGACAUAUCCAAAGAUUUGCCAAGCAAUCUGGACAUCAAUAGGCUCGCAAAAAGUUGGCAAAGCUCUAAAUUUCACCGUACACUUGACAGUACCGCUUUCUGAAUUUGUAUUCGAUGGAAAGACUUACACAGAGCGAAUAGGGAAUGAAUCCGCAUUCUGCGAAGUAGCAGCGAUUGGUCUUGAAUGAGUUUUAAAAUUUAAAGAGACCAGAUUCGAAGAUGCUUCUAAUUCAACGUGUCUAGCAUUCCAGAGCUAUUUCUCAUUAGAGUGUUGAAUAUAGCGAUUAAUUCUAAAGUUUAAAAGAUUUAAA